AUGGGGGCGAAGGUGAAUGUUGCUCACAGGGGCGUGAGGUUUUCUGUUUAUGGGACGCCUUUGUCACAGGCUGCUCGGGGAAAGUCUGUCAAGAUGGUGCAAUCGUUGCUGAAUGCAAAGGCUGCAGUGGACAUCAACUGUGGAGGAGGUAAAACUCCUCUCUUCUGGGCUGCGAAGGAGAGCCGUCUUCAUCCCAAUGUUUCUUCGGACAUCAUCCAGGUGUUGUUGGAAGCAGGUGCCGAUGUAACGAAGAAGGACCAGUUCGGCAACACAGUUCUCUUCCAAGUCAUUGGGAACCAUUACAAAAAGGGAUCUGUGGAGGUUGCGCAGAAGUUGUUGGAGGCAAAGGCAGAUGUGAAUGCCAUGAACAAUGAUGGUCAGACAGCCGUGUAUGCUGCAGCAUUGCACGAUUCUGACAUGAGGAAGUUCUUGGAAAAGGAGGGUGGAAAGUGCAUGGGUCGAGAAACCGCCAACUUCAAGCCCUGCACUGGCUUUGGCAAGAAAUGA